AUGAAGUUCCUUCAAGUCUCUCUGUUUGUGGGUCUAGCAUUGGCUGUCUCCGAGGUCUUCGCACAGUCUACUGCUGAGGCCGCCCUUGCUGCCAGCAACGGCACCGCCUAUGCAGCCGCCGAGCCCAGCAACAUCAGCAUUGACCCAAGCAACAUCCAAGAGAGCCUUGCACAUAACAUAAAUGGGCUCAUACUCGGCACGGGAAUCUGCAACUUCGACGCAAACAUCCUCUCCAACGUCGGUGUUGCCCAGCAGAUCCAGCUGCUUUCGCAACUGCAGCAGCUUGCACAGCUCCAGCAGCUUGGUCUUGUCAGCGCUGUCUCCGUCGACCAGCUGAUUCAGCAGGAGAUUCUGGUCAACAACUUCAAUCUCAGCAUUGUCAAGCGCAAGGUCAAUGAAGUUGUUCGUCAGAACUCCCGAAAGAAGCGCAGUACUACCCGCAAGCGAAAAUGUGCCACCAAGCCAUAA